CUAAAGCGGGAAGAAAAAGUGAUCCCUGCCUGGGGAAACCCCCGUCUGACUGAUCCUGUGCCUCGUCUCCUCAGCUCCUGGCAAUGAGCAAGGGGGUGUUGGACGGGUGCCCGCGGCGCUGGUGCCGCGCUCCUGCCUCGGUAACCAGCCAAGAGCGUGUGGUGGUCUCUGUAUAAAGCAACUCUUGAGUCUGUACUGGGAUUUGUGUAGGUUGCUCCUUUGCCAUAGGAAAGAUGUAUCAUUAUUAGAUGCCAGACCAGCUGCCAUCUGUGCUAAGCUGCAACCAAAAUGGCAAAGUAUAGGCUCAUUCUCCUAAGACAUGGGGAAGGAGCCUGGACCAAGGAGAACCGCUUCUGCAGCUGGGUGGACCAGAAGCUGAGCAGUGAUGGGAUAAAGGAAGCUCAGAACUGUGGCAAACACCUCAAAGCRCUGGGCUUUGAGUUUGACCUGGUCUUCACCUCUGUGCUGAGCCGCUCCAUCCAGACUGCAUGGCUUAUCCUGGAAGAGAUGGGCCAGGAGUGGGUCCCCAUUCAGAGCUCCUGGCGACUGAAUGAGCGUCAUUAUGGAGCACUGAUUGGGCUCAACAGAGCAGAGAUGGCUCUGAAUCAUGGGGAGGAGCAAGUGAAAAUCUGGAGGAGAAGCUAUGAUGUUACCCCACCUCCCAUAUCUGAAUCUCACCCCUACUAUGAAGAGAUAUACAAUGAUCGCCGCUAUAAAUGCAGUGAUGUCCCUCAGGAGAAUCUCCCAAAGGCUGAAAGUCUCAAAGAUGUGCUCGAUAGACUCCUUCCUUAUUGGAAUGAAAAGAUAGUGCCAGAACUGAAAAGUGGCAAAAUGAUUCUUAUCUCUGCUCAUGGGAACAGCAGCAGGGCAUUGCUGAAGCACGUGGAAGGUAUCUCGGAUGAAGACAUCAUCAAUGUCACCCUCCCCACUGGUGUGCCCAUACUWCUUGAACUUGAUGAGAAUUUGCACCCUCUGGGCCCUCACCAGUUUCUGGGCGAUCAAGAAGCUAUCCAAGCUGCCAUCAAAAAAGUGGAAGAUCAAGGGAAAGUAAAAUCUGCUGAGAAGUAAAAUCCCACUGUGUAACACAGCUGUGUUCAGUGUGGUAGUAAGUGACKAUGUGUGUAUGACUGAUAGGUUGCACUGUGUGAAUGUCACAAUUUCAAGCACUAAAUAAUUGGAAAGGACAAUUGUUGAGUCUCAGGUUGGUAGUUUAAACCCUCUGCCUUUUCAAAAACUGGAAUUUAGAUUGCAGCAUGAGGUCUUUGGAAAAAGAAAUGAAGAGGUGAUUCAGGUAAKGGAAACUUGCAGGGCAAUCUGCCCCAGAUCCACCAUUGGGGAUGGCCCAGUAGAGGAAUAAAGGGAUGUGUUAUUGGUGUGUACCAGUAAUCAGUCCUAAUCUGUUAAGGAGAACAGCACCAGUUUACUGGACUAAUUAAGUCCAGGUUGUUACAGGCACUAAAAAUCUCACUGAUUUGGAAUCAGAACUCUGUCAUGAGCCUCGAUUCUUCUUUAUAAGUGUGAGAGGAUGUUUUUUUUUUUCUUUUUAGGAGAGCAGUGUGACAGUUUGGUGUGCCUCUGACAGUCUUUCUGACAUGUGGAGCAACAUUUUCUAGGUCUGAUGUCAGCUCACAUUAGAGUAGCACAUACUCCACAAAAGACUUCUUGCUAGAAGGUAGUUUCUCAUGCAUGAAUGGKGCUUGGGUUUCUCUUUGGUUUUGUUUUCGUAGCCCUUGCAGCAGGAAUGAAAUGACAUGUUUGUCUUUUAAACACAAAGCUGGUAGGUUUCCCCUUUCUUUGUACAAGAAAAGAUAUUUCAGUGUUUUUGAUUGGUUUGUUUUGUUAUUUUUUUUCUCUAAAAUGCUACUAGCAGCUCCUCUGCUACUUGAUUUGAUACUGACUUAGUUUCUGGGGUUUUAGUUUUCUGUGYGUAGAGUAACUCUGAUUCUUAGUUGAUAGUUUACAAGUGAGUGUUAGAUUGCUGAUCAGCAAACGUUCAUCUGUGAUAACCCUGAGAAGGGCCACUGGCACUCAAGUGAAUAAAUUCUUCCCCAAACGUUAAAUAAUGUGUAAAGCUUAGUAUCAAUUUAAAUGUUACUGUGGACUUGUGAACAAGACUAGCAGAGCCACCUGUUGUCAGUGGGAACUGCGUGCAACCAAAYGUGUGGGCACACAGGCUGUGUCCAUAUCCCUUUGGCAUUGUGGAAUUGUCAUGUACAACUUACUCAGGACAUGACACGCAGCUGGAAUACACUUAGAAAUGAACCCAACUGAACUUGGAGAUAGGCUCUCUCCUCCUCUUAGAGAAUCCCUGAGCUCUUCUGUGAAUGCAGAGGAGAAUGGAAAGGUGGAUGAGGGAAUUUAGGGAGGAUUAGUAUUUAUUCUUGCAGCUGAAUGGAUGAAAUUCACUGAAAUAAUAUUUUCAUAGUCGUGGACAGGAAGAAGAGAACGACACUGUGAUGUUUKCAGGAGGUGCUGUUUCUAUAGUGCAGCUUGACAUGUGAAUAGUGACAGUGCCCUGUGAAGUUGGGCGUUGUUUGCUUGGAUUGUGACUCCAAAGUGAUGACAGGAUUUUAUGUGCACAUCUGGCAGCAAUAACGCCUUGCAAAACUAUCAAAUKGAACCAACUGGGGAUUCCAAUGCUCUUUAAGGUUAUUUUAAUACCUUGCAAUUCUCAGUAGCCUUUUAAUUAAAAUCCUGAUCUAUGAACCAUGUUUACUGGAGAACAGAAACCAACUUCCAUCAARAGUGGCAUAAGGAUUCCUGAUCUUCAGGCAUAGCUACAUCAGAGGGAGAAAUCAGAAUCCUCUUUUAGAGAUCAGUGGUUGGGGAGCAUUUUUCCCUAUGUUUGAGUGUGCCUCCAAGUCCUAUAGGUAACUGGUGUUUUUACAGUUAACAUAAUGGAUGURGUUUAUUUGGUUUGUUUAUGCAUUUUUAACUUGUGGUUCAGUAGCAGUAAUAGCUCUAGAUCCUCAUGAAAACCUUUGUAAAUAUGGUGGAGCUGACAGGUUCUUUAUUACUCAAUAAAUUCACCUGAAAUAGAAUUUGAUUUGGCUUCAGUCUU